AUGACAAGGAAAUGUUGGAGGAAUAAUUCCCCUGACUGGGAGUGCAUCAACUCUACACCCAUCAUGUACAGGAGCCAUCUCUCUAUCUCUGACCGUUCCAUGUAUCCUUCUGCUUACUCUUUUGACAGAGUGUUCGGCCCUGAGUGUUGUACCAGGCAAGUCUAUGACCAAGGGGCCAAGGAAGUAGCUUUCUCUGUUGUCAUCAGUGGCGUUAAUGCUAGCGUCUUUGCGUACGGGCAAACAAGCAGUGGAAAGACAUACACCAUGAGUGGAAUUACUCACUGCACUUUGGUUGAUAUAUAUGACUACAUUGACAAGCACAAGGAAAGAGAAUUCAUUCUAAAGUUCUCCGCCAUGGAGAUCUAUAAUGAGUCUGUGCGAGAUCUCUUAAGUACAGAUAGUAGUCCGCUCAGACUUCUAGAUGAUCCUGAGAAAGGGACAGUUGUUGAGAAACUCACAGAGGAAACUCUGCGAGACUGGAAUCAUUUCAAGGAGCUCCUUUCUGUUUGCGAAGCUCAGCGGCAAAUUGGAGAGACAGCUCUGAAUGAAGUUAGCUCCCGGUCUCAUCAGAUUUUGAGAUUGACAGUUGAAAGCACGGCUCGUGAAUUUUUCACUAACGAUAAAUUUAGUACACUAACAGCAACAGUGAACUUUAUUGAUCUUGCUGGAAGUGAACGUGCAUCUCAGUCAUUAUCAGCCGGCACAAGGUUGAAAGAAGGUUGUCAUAUAAACCAAGUUUGUUAA